GUGUGUGCCCCCUUGUCCCCUGUGUAUGUGUCUAGCAUUGUGUCAUAAUUUUUCUCAGGAUUCCCACCCACAGUUUCAGGAGAACUUCACUUCACUCAUUCAUUUAUCCCUUGAAGCACAGCGGGAUCGACAGCAGGCCUCCACCUUCAGGAACUCAGAAACAUCCAUCAGGAUUAGACGAUGAGGAACGGCGUGGGGCUUUGUGUGCUGGGCCUGCUGUGCCUCCACAGCUCAGUCUAUGGGCGGGCAUUGGAUGGGCUGCCUGGUGUCCUGAUCUUCUGUGACGACCCGACUGUGAAUAAAGCCGUAAGCAGCGCCGUGAACAAAUUCAACGAGAGGCUGAGCACCGGACACAACCUGGCCCUCUUUCAGAUACUGACAGCCAGCAAGACAGAGAAUAGCUCCGACUCAGUGUACUCACUGCAGUUCACCACCAGGAGGAGCGACUGUCUAUCUGGCAGCAACAAACCCUGGACUGACUGCAACUAUCUGCCCAACGGUAGAGAGAGGCCAAUUUCAUGCAAUGCCACUGUCUACAUGACAGAGAUGGAGGCAGACACUCGACAGGUGGAUUGCCGGCUGGAUGAUUACGUCAUCCCAGAGAAAUCUUUCUGUUUGGGCUGCCCGAAAAUGAUCGAUCGUGACUCAGAGGAUCUCAGGGUUCCUCUCUCUGUCUCCAUCUCCAAAUUUAACUCCAUCUCCGACAAUACGCACUUGUUCACCCUGCACAGUGUCGGGCCCUCCACCAGACAGGUCAUCGCAGGAUUCAGGUUCAAGAUGAGUUUUGAUAUGGAGAGGACCACUUGUUCCAAGUCUGAACACAAAGAACUCCACAAUCUGUGUGUCCCUGAUAAUGAGAAUGUGGAGUUUGUUAACUGUAACUCGACAGUGGAUGUAGCACCCUGGAGGUAUGAGGUCCCACAGGCCCAUUUAGAGUGUGAACCAGGGGCGUUGGCCACGUCUCUAACCAGGCGUCGUCCCCCGGGCUGGUCUCCUCUCAGGAACAUCCUGUUAGAAAACCCCCCCACCCGUUCAACUCCAACCAUAAUCAUGCCACCACCCACCGUAAAGACCAAAGAAGAGUCUUCUGAGGAGGACACCACUGCAUCCAAAUCCCCUGCAUCCCCAGAUGUGACCGCAGAAGCUGGAAACAACAGCCCCUUCCACUGCCCGUCCAAGCCCUGGAAACCUUUCAACCCCAUCCCACCCACAGCACCGGCAAAGGCCGCCACAGAAGAGGCCAGCCCGCAGCCCCCAGUAGAGGGAGCCUUCAAAGAUACAGACCUCCAGGAAUAAGUUUAUCCUCAUGGGAAACACAUUUAUAUUCAAAAUGAUCUCACUUUUUGCUCUCUCCAAACACUUUUUUUUGGUUUAUUCAGACUAGUGCUUUUAUUCCUGGGUUGCAGCACAUUUAUUUUGAUUAUUCAAAUUUCAAAUGCAAAAGAUUAAUAAAAUAACCAGUUUAUAUGAAAUAGGAGCUGGUGCUUCUCUAAAAGCACUGGAGAAAAUGACUGAAAUGAUGAAAGAGCUCUCAACUGUUGUAUAAAUAGUUUGUUAAGCAAGAAAUCAAAAGUGCCCAAUGUGUCGGUUUCAUUAAAGAUGUGAGAAAACAGCAAAGAAA